GCGAGAGACGCCGCGUUGCCCGCGCCUUUUACCAUAGACAAGCCGGAUAUUAUCCCGAAUAUUUCCCGCGAAAAGAUGCGGUUGUUCAUCGCGGCGGUUCUAGCCACUGCCGUCGCUGGUCAGGAGUCUUGCUUGUCUGUGGACGAGAAUCCGUACCUGCUAUUCGGCUCGAAGACCGCCUACCUAUUUGCCAACCAUGCGUUGAGUACCAACAGAGUACACGAAAUACCUGGUUGCCUACCCGUAGCAUUUUGGCUGGCCAGCAGACAUGGCUCCAACAACCCUGAAGCCAGUGAAAUAACAAAAUUGCAACAUCUCGCAGAUCUCAAGGCUAAUAUUGUGGACAAUUACAGGAAUGGAAAUUUCAGAAACACAAACCGUAGAAUCUGUUCUACUGACAUCGAACUGCUGCAACGAUGGCAGUGGAUACCGUAUAUCAACACUACAUUUGCAAACGGUCUCACCAGCGAAGGGUACAUGACCACGCAGCAGCUCAUGAGGGCCUGGAAGCAGAGGUAUCCAGGACUCCUCACUGACAAUCCUCAUGAUUAUUUGGUAAAAUAUGUGGAGGAACCUCUUUAUAGUGCAAGUUUCAGGGCAUCCGCAGAUGGCAUGUUCCGGGGACCGACCGAAGGGUUAGACAUACCCAGAGAUAAUGACGAGAAAGGGAUCAGGCCUUACAAAUUCUGUUCGGCGUGGAAGAGCAACGUCGGGGAGAAUAACGACACUUUAUCCCAAAUGCACAUAUUCCAAUCAAAACAGGAGUAUAAGGACAUGAUAACCAACGUAUCUCUAAGGCUGGGUUUCAACUAUGACAUUAACCCUGAUAUAGUAUAUAGCAUGUACCAGAUGUGUCGUUACAACAAGGCCUGGGAUAACGCAGCCAUCUCACCAUGGUGCGCGGUAUUCUCGCGAGAAGAACUGCAACUUAUCGAGUAUGCAGAGGACUUGGAGACAUAUUACAAGUACGGGUAUGGUUCACCAGAUACUCCGAAGAUUGGUUGCACCCUUCUAAGGGAUAUGAUUGGAUUCUUCACUAAGCACAUUCAACAUGAUCCGGACCCCCAACAGCCUCGGGCUCAAAUCCACCUGACUGACUCGGAGAUGCUGCUGAUGCUGCUCACCACCUUAGGCACCCACCAGGACCCCGCCCCCCUGACUGGUGACAACUACCACACGAGCCCGGUACAGGCCCGCAAGUGGAGCACCUCCAGAAUGUCGCCUUUCAACGCCAAUGCAGCUGCAGUUCUUUAUAAAUGUACGACAAAUGGAAACUUCCAAGGUAAAGAGAGAUAUCAAGUAUUAUUCCUAGAGAAUGAAUACCCUAUGUACCUCGAGGGUUGCAGGGUGGGUCUCUGCGACUGGUCCUACAUAGUCAGCAAGUUUGGAGAGCUGGCGAACACUUGCGACUUGGGUUUCUGCAACAGCGCUGUAAAAAUUAACGGAUUCUCUGCUUUAUUUGUGGCUCUGGCUUGCUUUGUUAGGAACAUAUUUUAAUUAUCAUAUGUGAGGUAAUUAUUUUUAACCGACUCCAGGAAAGGAGAAGGUUCUCAAUUCGGCUGUUAUUUUAUCGUUUAUUAUUUCAUAACUCCGUCAUUUACAAACUUUGUAUUUUAAUUACCGUAUGUGAGGUAAUUAUUUUUAACCAACUCCAGAAAAGGAGGAUAUUCUCAAUUUAGCUGUUUUGGAAGGUUUUGUUGUAUAAAUCUUUUUUUAUUUGAAAAUAUUUUAAUUAUCAUAUGUGAGAUAUAUAUUUUUAACCGACUCCAAAAAAGGGCGACGUUCUUAAUUGGACUGCUUUUUUUUUGUUACUUAAUAACUCCAUCAUUUAAACCGAUUAGUAAAAAACUUUUUUAGUUGAAACAGUAUACUUUCAGAUUGGUCCCCUUUUAUUAAUAUUUGGAAUCUGAUUUUUUUAAAGAAAAUGUAGUUACAAC